CGCGGACGCCCCGCUCGACCCCGCGACCCUCCGCCGCCCGACGUCUGGCCGUGCAGGCCGGGAGGGGACGGGUAGGAGGUGGCGGGUGGCCUCGGGCGCGGCGCUGCCUUCGAUGGCCCAACCUCCCUAUUCACGAGCCGCGGCCGUGACUCUGCCCCGUGACGUGGGGAGGCCGAACUUUACGUAACCCGCCCGGCGCCCCACGCGUGCCGGCACAGGGCAUAUCUGGGGCCCGGAGGCCCAGGCUUGGGGAAGGGGCUCCGGUCACGGUGUUGCCCACGGGCCACAGCCUACCCGCACCGUGCCGCUCUCUUUAACUCAGUUACUGCCAGUGAUAGUGACCCAGUCAGUGUGUGUGGACGCGGCCUGCCUUCUGUCCCAGGCCCCUUGUGACCAAGGGCUUACCCUUGAAAGAAGAUGAAGCUGAGGCUCGGCCAGGGACAGUGAUAUACCCACAUCCCCAGAACUAGGUGAUCGCGGUGCAGGAACCAGGCGUGCCUUCGCGGGAUCCAUGCCUUGACGCCGGGGAGCGCCCCGCCGCCAGCAUGCCGUGGGACGCGCGGCGGCCUGGGGGUGGCGCGGACGGCGGGCCCGAGGGUUCGGGCGCGGCGCGCUCGCGAGCGCAGAAGCAGUGCCGCAAGUCGUCGUUCGCCUUCUACCAGGCAGUGCGCGACCUGCUACCCGUGUGGCUGCUGGAGGAUAUGCGCGCCAGCGAGGCCUUCCACUGGGACGAGCGCGGGCGCGCCGCCGCCUACUCGCCCUCUGAGGCGCUGCUCUACGCGCUCGUGCACGACCACCAAGCGUACGCGCAUUACCUGCUGGCCACGUUCCCGCGGCGCGCGCUCGCACCGCCGAGCGCCGGCUUCCGCUGCUGCGCGGCUCCCGGGCCGCACGUGGCGCUGGCAGUGCGCUACAACCGCGUGGGCAUUCUGCGACGCAUCCUGCGCACCUUGCGCGACUUCCCGGCCGAGGAGCGGGCGCGCGUGCUGGACCGGCGUGGCUGCAGCCGCGUGGAGGGCGGUGGCACGUCGCUGCACGUGGCCUGUGAGCUGGCGCGCCCCGAGUGCCUCUUCCUGCUGCUGGGCCACGGCGCCUCGCCCGGUUUGCGCGACGGCGGCGGCCUCACGCCUCUCGAGCUGCUGCUGCGCCAGCUGGGCCGCGACGCCGGGGCCACUCCCUCCGCCGCCGGAGCCCCCGCCUCAGCUCCAGGAGAGCCGCGCCAGCGCCGCCUGCUGCUGCUGGACCUCCUGGCGCUGUACACCCCCGUGGGUGCCGCCGGCUCGGCCCGCCAGGAGCUGCUGGGCGACCGGCCGCGCUGGCAGCGGCUGUUGGGUGAGGACAAGUUCCAGUGGCUGGCGGGCCUGGCGCCGCCCUCGCUCUUCGCGCGCGCCAUGCAGGUGCUGGUCACCGCCAUCUCUCCAGGCCGCUUCCCUGAGGCCCUGGACGAGCUGCCGCUGCCCCCAUUCCUGCAGCCGUUGGACCUCACUGGCAAAGGCUAGGCCCGGAGCACCCUAGGCGCUGGAUUUUGGGACAAAACUAUUUUUCAGAGCGUUGUACCGGCACUUUAUAUAUAUUGAUCUCUGUACAGCACAA